AAAAAUCAUUACGCAUGCGCAGCUUUAUAACCUCAAAUUUUAACCAUUCAAAAUAAACCCUACAUAAACAUAAAAAUCUCAAAAAUGAAACUCCUCACUCAUAACAUGCUGAGUUCGAAAUGCCUAAAAGGCGUACAAGUCGGUUACCCCUUAAAAUUAACGGCGACGGAUGUUCGAGAAUGCGACGUUGAUUUUAAUCCGGCUUUUGUAGCGAGAUUAAUCCCAAAAUUAGAUUGGGGAGUUCUUAUAAAAGCUGCGGAUACAAUUGGAAAAAAUGAUAAUUUACCUGCGGAAAUUUUAAAAGAACACGAACAAGAUAAUGAGUUCUUAAAGAAGGUUCAUCACGUCCUUUUGGAGGUUGAUAUUGUAACGGGGGAGUUGACGUGUCCUGAAACAGGGCGAGUUUUUCCUAUUAAUAAUGGAAUACCUAAUAUGCUGCUAAAUGAAGAUGAAGUAUAAUUUAAUUUUACUUAUAAAUGUUGGGGCAUUUAAGUUUGUUAAGAUAGUGUAAAAGCUAUCCUAUUUAAAUCUAACAUUGUACAUUUUUUUAGGUUAUAUAUUUUUUACUGUUCAAUAUUUCAAAUAUUUUUUACGUUAGCUGAUAAGAUUUAGUUAACAAAUCUAUUACAUUUAAAUUGAAAAUAAAUAUUCUAAACAAA